ACACUGGAAUCCACGGGCGAAACCAGCAGAGUGGAGAAGGUUCUUCCAUUCCAUGGCUUCCACGGCCCUCGCGAGCGUGUGCCCCAUCGCGUCCCUCUCCGGGCGCUCGUCGCCGGCGAGCUACCGGGCCGUGAGGUGCUGGGGCGCGAGGAGGGGGAGGCGGCGGAGGUCGGCGGGGCUGAGGGCGAGGUGCGCGGGCGGCCAGCCCUCCGCCGUGAAGCCCGGCCCGGAGAGCCCCGCGGACGACGGGUCGGUCGGGGACGAGGAGCAGCCGCACCCGCAGUUCGACCUCAACCUCGCCGUCGUGCUCGCCGGCUUCGCGUUCGAAGCCUACAGCACCCCACCCGCAGAUGCGGGCUGGCGCGAGACGGACGCGGCCGAGUGUCAGACGGUGUUCCUAUCCGAUGUGUUUCUCCAUGAAGUAUACGAUGGCCAACUAGUUGUGAGGCUCAAGAAAGGCAACAGUCUUCCUGCAAUGGAUCCAUGGGGUACAAGUGAUCCUUAUGUAGUUCUACAACUUAACGGUCAAACUGCAAAGAGCCAAAUUAAAUGGGGGACGAAGGAGCCAACCUGGAAUCAAGAUUUCACAUUUAACAUUAGGACGUCUCUAGAAAAUCUACUCCAGGUUGAGGCUUGGGAUGCAAACCUUAUCACCCCACACAAACGAAUGGGAAAUGCUGGGUUGUAUCUUGAAACACUUUGUGAUGGAAAUAAACAUGACAUCACUGUCGAAUUAGAAGGCCUUGGUGCUGAUGGUGGUGGAACUAUUGAUUUGGAGGUCAAAUACAAGAGUUAUGAUGACAUUGAGCGUGAUAAACAAUGGUGGAGAACACCUUUUGUGUCUGACUUUCUUGAAGAGAGCAGCCUAGGAUCUGCUCUUAGGACGGUCCUUGGAUCUGAAACUGUAAAUGCAAGCCAGUUCGUGCAAUCUGCAUUUGGGCAACUGAGUUCUUUAACUGACACAAACCUUCUAAAGCCAUCGUCUUCUGAUAGUGAAGCUGAGGUUUCUGAAAGGCCUGACGAAUCCAUGGAUAACUCUAUUAGUUCAGAUGAACUGCAACAGAAGAAGAUUGAUUCGAUAGCUUUUGGAGAGAACUCAGAUUCCCAGAGUGAACCUGUAGACACUGCUGCCGUUGUUAACAGUGAGGGAAACACAUCAACCGAUAUGAAGGAACCUGAUGAGUACUUCUGGAGUGCUUUCACCAAAACACUCAACCAAAAUGUUCUUAAGAACUUUGGAUAUUCUCUUCCAGAGGCUAAGCAAUUGGAUGGAUUUGACCUGCUAAGUUCACUUGGAUCAAAAUCACGUGAAAUGGCUGAACAGCUAUAUUUAGAAUCUGGACUGGCGACAGCAGAUACAUCAACCAGUGAUGGCAGCGAAACAACUCCUGAACAUACAGUCAGUGUUGACAAUGAAGAUAGCACAAAGCCUGCUAAAGAAGCAGUGCAGGCUUCCUUUCCAGACAUUAAUGAAGUAUCUCGUGAUGUAUUGUCUCAAACAGAGAAUGUACUAGGAGCUUUGGUGAUUCUUUCUAAGAACUUCUCAUCCCAAGGCAAGGAUUCAGUAGACGAAGCAAACCAGAAAGAUAAUUCGAACGCAGAAGAACAAGGUGCUGCAGAUUCUGUUGAUGAGGAUGGUGCUGCUGUUGCAUCCACCGAAGUGUCCAUAAAUACACAGAAAACAGAUGAUACACGUCAACUGUUUGCAAGUGCCGAGACUGCUGUGGAGGCAUGGGCUAUGCUUGCCACUUCAAUGGGGCGUUCCAGUUUUAUAAAAUCAGACUUUGAGAAGAUAUGUUUUCUGGAUAAUGUUUCAACGGACACACAGGUUGCCAUUUGGCGUGAUUCUUCACGAAGAAGACUGGUUGUUGCCUUUCGAGGGACUGAGCAAACAAGGUGGAAGGAUUUGAUAACGGACUUGAUGCUUGUCCCUGCUGGACUAAACCCUGAGAGGCUGGGUGGUGACUUCAAACAAGAAGUUCAAGUUCACAGUGGAUUCUUAAGCGCAUAUGACUCUGUUAGGAAUAGGAUCAUGGCUCUUGUCAGACACGCCAUUGGAUAUAUGGAUGAAGAAGAUGCAGAAACCAUACCUACGUGGCACGUCUACGUAACUGGACAUAGUUUAGGUGGAGCACUGGCAACCCUUCUCGCUCUUGAACUUUCAUCAAGUCAAAUGGCUAAGAAUGGUGUUAUAUUCGUGACAGUGUACAAUUUUGGCUCUCCUAGAGUUGGAAAUAGAAGGUUUGCUGAUGUCUACAAUGCGAAAGUAAAAGAUAGCUGGAGAGUUGUCAAUCAUCGAGAUAUCAUUCCAACAGUGCCACGUCUUAUGGGCUAUUGCCAUGUGGAAACACCAGUUUAUCUUAAAUGUGGAAAUCUAACAGAUGCACUGGCAAAGGAAAUUUUGGAUGAAGACCAAGGUGAUGAGAUAGGCGAGUACACCCCUGACGUGCUUGUUAGUGAAUUUAUGAAAGGAGAGACACAGCUUGUGGAAAAACUACUCCAGACGGAGAUAAAUCUACUUCGCUCAAUCAGGGAUGGCUCAGCUCUUAUGCAGCACAUGGAAGACUUUUACUACGUCACACUUCUAGAGACUGUGAGAUCAAGGUACCAAUUGGUUGAUGAUGCAAGCCAAGAAUAGCACCAAAUUGACUGCGUGGUCCUAUUAAAGUUGUGAGCUGGAACUUCCCAGACCUGACUCGCACUGGAAGGAACAGGAUAUUAAGGGUUACUAAGUGCUCAGCUUCGUUCAACAGAUGCGUAUAUUAAUGGAGCAUUUGCAACCAAAGGAAAUCUGAUGUAGAAGACAAUCUUGUCGGCAAAUUGUUGCCUGCCUAAUCAUAUGCCAACAUAUUUCUGGCUGGUGAGUGUAACCAAUUGGGAGGUCUGCUCCGAAGACGUGUAUUCGCCAUUUACAGGCCACAAGGUGUGUGUAUAACAAAGCCUCGACUAAGCCGGACAGCUAUCAGAUGGAUCUAGUCUACACAUUACGAAUGUGAAUGUGCUUGGCCUAUCCUCAUCGGCGUUCAUGCUUCUCAGCUGUGAUUUGUCUGCCAGAACAUUCAUGUGAAAAGCCAUGUAAACAAUGCCCUUUCGCUCCCAAGUGCUUUGAAUCAUAACAAUAGAAACUCAAAUUUCUCGGUUAAGGGACCCCUGAUGUAUCUCCCAGAAGUAAGUAGUUGUUAUGAUGAAAAGCGGUCGGAUAACAGACCUCUAUUAUCCUGACUGAAACGUUUAUCUUGGAUAUGAAGUUGGGUACAAAUA